AACUGAAUUCUCGAGAUGGCGCUUGGGAUAAAAUCUGUACCGAGAGAGAUCCUUUUAUCCUGUGUAGCUUGAUGUGGUCCUGGAUAGAGCAGCUGAAAGAACCCAUUAUAUCCAAAGAUGACAUUGACAUGCUGGCAAAAAAUUGCACGGAAUCACAGGACGCACUUUAUUUACUGAGAAAGGAACAGUGUCAGACCAUCCUUUGUAUUUUACACUGCGUGGUGAACUUGCAGACGCUCCCAGCCGACGUGGAGGAGGCCUUACUUGCUCGUGCUAUUAAAGCUUUCACUAAGACAAGCUUCGACUCUGAAAAUGGACCAUAUGUUUACAAUACCUUGAAAAAAGUAUUUAAACAAACGCUGGAAGAAAAAAGAAAAAAGCUUAAAGAAGGAACAGAGAAUUCCUCCUGAUACCUGCACAGCUAUGCCGAAGAACUAGAUGGGCCUACCAAAUUAUUUUGCAUUUUCCAGCUACUGUAUUUUGUGCUGUCUGGCAUGAUUUACCGAACUUUAGGUAAUACUAGUUAUUAACAAAGUAUUUUAUUUUUUUAGAGGGAGUUUUAGUGACAAUUGUUCUAUCUACACCGUUGUAAAGAAGAGCUCCUGUGUGACCGUACUGUAGCGUUUGGGUUCAGGUACUGUGCUUUUAUGUUGUGAACCGCUCUUGUGGUUUCAAAUGUAUUUAUUGAUUUAGAAACCUCUGUCAUUGGCAAGCAACGUUAUUUUCAAGUUACACAGUUGCCAUAAGUUCAGUGCCAUGCUACACAAAGGUUUAAUAGAUGGAGUUAAUAUUUAUGUAUCAUCAAGUGCGUUUACGUUCAUGUUAUUUGAUUUUACUUUGCAGAAAAUAAACACUGACCGAACUUACUAAAUUCCUCUUCCUUUUAGAAAUUUUAAAAUAAGACUAAGAGUAAUAAUGAACAGAUUUUGAGGUCUCCUAUUAAUGGCAGAUAAUUUUUUCUUUUAGAUCUCUUAAAUAAUUGUCACCAAUGUGUUUCUAAAAGGUGUUGCAGUAAAGAAAUACAUGAAGUGUAUUAAGUUAUCAAAAGGCCUUAAUUUAGACUUUUUUGGCUAAGAAAGCUUUAAAGUGGUUUUGACAGAAUAUCGA